UAACGCAACAGCUGUGUGCACUGCAUUCCCGACAGUCUGGCAACCGCGCUCCUUAAAACGUGUAAAGUAAAAUUUCCCAGUCUCUUUGCAUGAUUAAAACGCGGAAAGGAUUCUCUGGAACAGUUUUUAAAUUGCCAAGACGACGACAUGUCCACCACCCACAAACAGCGUUAUAAAAAUACCGCACUGGACUCCACAGAGAUGCGGCGACGUCGCGAGGAGGUUGGCAUCCAGUUGCGGAAGAACAAGCGCGAACAGCAGCUGUUCAAGCGCCGCAAUGUGGUCCUGGAGCCGGCCACAUCCUCGACAUCAGCCGGAAUGGAGAGCUGUGCCAGCAACGAAUUGCAGGCUGCUGACAUGCACAUGGCUGACAGCAGUACCGGACCAACGCAUUUUCCGGGCGGGCAGAACGAGCCAGCAGGCGGAACCGGAGCUCUGCCCUCCGUGAUUAACGAGGAAAUGAUCCAGAUGCUUCACAGUGGACGCGAGAGCGACCAGCUGGAGGCCACACAAAAAUUCCGCAAGCUGCUGUCCCGCGAUCCCAAUCCACCCAUCGAGGAGGUCAUCCAGAAGGGGAUUGUGCCGCAGUUUGUCAACUUUCUGCGAAACAGCUCUAAUGCCACUCUGCAGUUCGAGGCCGCCUGGACGCUGACGAACAUUGCCUCAGGCACCUCGCACCAGACCAAGAUCGUUAUCGAGGCCGGGGCAGUGCCCAUUUUUAUUGAUUUGCUCUCCAGUCCCCAUGACGAUGUCCAGGAGCAGGCUGUGUGGGCCUUGGGUAAUAUAGCCGGGGACUCACCCGUGUGCCGGGACCAUCUACUCGGCUCUGGCAUUCUAAUGCCUCUUUUGAACGUUUUAAGCAACUCGGAGCGCAUUACUAUGAUACGGAAUGCGGUGUGGACGCUUUCUAAUCUCUGCCGCGGUAAGAACCCACCCGCGGACUUUGCGAAAAUCGUCCAUGGACUGCCCAUACUGGCUCGGCUACUGGACUACACUGAUGCGGACGUGCUUAGCGACACUUGCUGGGCUAUAAGCUACUUGUCGGAUGGACCCAACGAUAAAAUCCAAGCUGUAAUUGAUGCUGGCGUUUGUCGUCGCUUGGUAGAACUGCUACUACAUCCGCAGCACAACGUAAGCACAGCCGCCCUAAGGGCUGUGGGCAACAUUGUGACCGGCGACGAUCAGCAGACCCAGGUGAUAUUGGGUUACAACGCCCUGCCCUGCAUUAGCCACCUGCUGCGCUCGUCGGCGGAAACCAUUAAGAAGGAGUCCUGCUGGACAAUCUCGAAUAUAGCAGCAGGGAAUCGGGAGCAGAUUCAGGCCAUAAUCAACGCCAACAUAUUCCCCCAGCUGAUGACUAUUAUGCAGACGGCAGAAUUCAAAACGCGAAAGGAGGCAGCCUGGGCCAUUACCAACGCCACCAGCAGCGGAACCUCCGAGCAGAUAAACUACUUGGUUCAGGUGGGCUGUGUGCCUCCUAUGUGCGAUUUCCUCACCGUCGUCGACUCGGACAUUGUCCAGGUGGCGCUGAAUGCUCUAGAAAACAUCUUGAAGGCGGGCGAAAAGUUCCAGGCACGACCAAAUCCCUAUGCCAUUACCAUCGAGGAAUGCGGAGGUCUGGACAAGAUUGAGUAUCUGCAAGCGCACGAAAACCGCGACAUCUACCACAAAUCGUUUUACAUUAUCGAGCAGUACUUUGGCAACGAGGAGGAGGACAGCCGGGUGGCCCCCGUGGCGGGCACACAGCAGUUCGAGUUCAAUCCGGACAACAUGCCUAGCACAGGCUUCAACUUUUAGCACCUUACCCGGCCCGACAUCAUCAACACUAUUCAAAUGCGAAUCCUUCUAAAGCUCUGAACACACCACACACACUACAGAAGGCGAAGGUUUGCCUGCCAGGAUUUAAACAGAGGCCAGAGCACGGGCACGAAUCAUGGGUCGCAAGAGAGGGCAUGAUGCCUAAGUGCAGUCACUACUAGCAUUUAAGUAAAGUUGGUCAUUCAGUCGGCUCGUUAUCGUUCUUCUUUGUUACACAUACUCGUCUGCAUAUAUUUUCAGCGGUUGAAACUAUAAUUUUCGAAGUGGUCCAGGACCAACCAUUACCUUACUCAAGCAUUUCUCCAGCUGGCGAGAUCGCUUCCACCUAGUUCGUAUAUACUAAUUUAAUAUGUUAUACAACCCAUUGUAUAUGUUUUUGAUUUUCUCAGAUUGAGUUUGUAAAUAUUUUUCAUUAAGCCCAAUUACGUUGAGACCCUGACAUGGUGUUGUUAUACAUUCAUAAAAACAACGUACUUUACGAUAUUGAUAACGAUUAAAUUAAAACGUUUUAUUUGAUUUUGUUACGCAUAUCGCUGAAUGUAAAUUUGAUUAAAUUAUACAACAUUGUAACUUAAUUUAGAGGACACAUCAAUAAAGAACAACUAGACCACAA